ACCCCGACUAGCAAUAAUUCCCUUCCACAAAAAUCUGAGAAUUCAAAGCAGGGACUAAAAUAAGAUGUACUCUCCUUGCGAAUCAUAAUUUGAAUCCUUGACCGCGCGUUGUGAUUUUAUAUAUUUUUUUGUUGUAAUCUAAACCUUUUCCUUGUUCAAAUAAUACUUUUUUUUACUUGGCUUUCCAUGCAUUUUCAUUGAUAUUAAUACAAAUAAAUCUACCGUUAUAUAAUAUUUCGUAUUAUACAGCCUGAUCACCGUUAGCUUUGGAAGCGUAACUCGAUGCUAUAUGGAUAUUGGAUAACAGACCUGCUGUUUAAAAGUUCGAUUUCGGACGUUGAUUACCUAAAAAAAUGAAAUCUGCUGAAGAUGAUGCAUACAGUUACUCCCCCAACAUCAGCCUCUCCCUGGGCAAUCCCUGCCUGACAUCUGAGUACCAGUCUGGGCAUGCCAUCUCAGUCACCAUCAGCCAGUCUGCCAGCUAUGGAGUCCAUAAUGACAAUCGGACUGUGGGUUACUACACGUCCACUAGCAUCCGUCCAAAUGGAGCACCAGCCCACGAGAGCCCCCGCAUUGAGAUCACAGCCUAUGGGCAGUUUCCUGAAGAUGAGGUAAAGGAGAGCAACAACCUUCCUGUGGCUAAAUGUGUCAACUCCAUUGUGACCCUGACGUUGCCUAGCGCAGAUGGCUACCGUGACCCCAGCUGCCUCAGCCCAGCCAGCAGCUUGUCAUCGCGCAGCUGUCACUCUGAGGCAUCAUCCUUCGAGUCAGGCUUCUCUUACAACUAUGACAACUCACCUCAGAACUCACCCUGGCAGUCGCCCUGUGUCUCGCCCAAGGGAUCCUCCUCUCUUGCCCUGCCCGGUGACGUCUGCACAAACACCGGCUCCCCCCAUCAUUCUCCUUCCACCUCUCCCCGCACUAGUGUCACAGAUGACAGCUGGACAAGCCAGCAAGGUUCCAGGCCCAACUCCCCUUGUGGUGGGAAAAGGAAGUACAGCUUCAAUGGAAACACAACCUACAAGUACCCCAACUCCCCCAACCACUCGCCUGGGCAAUCCCCUCACAGUUCCCCACGCCUCAGCAUCACAGACGAUUGCUGGAUGACGAAUAACACCAACCAGUACACAAACUCAGCCAUUGUAGCAGCCAUCAACGCUCUAACCACAGAUGGUGUGGUGGACCUUGGAGAGGGCAUCCCUCUGAAGGCCCGUAAGACCAGCAUGGAACCUGGGAUAGUCAGCCUGAAGGUCGAGCCUUCAGGGGAGGAGCUCAGCCCUGGUGAGCUCUGUCAGGAUGAAUUCCAUUCCCCUCGCCUGCCCUUUAAGAAGGAGAACUACUGUGGAGGGUUUCUGGAUGUGCCUCAUCAUCCCUACUCAUGGUCCAAGCCAAAGCAAUAUGUCAGCCCGUCUCUUCCUGCCCUUGACUGGCAGCUGCCAUCCAGCUCGGGGCCAUACAGCCUGCAGAUCGAAGUGCAGCCCAAAUCUCACCACCGCGCACAUUAUGAGACUGAAGGAAGCAGAGGGGCGGUCAAGGCCCUGGCAGGAGGACACCCUGUGGUGCAGCUCCAUGGCUACAUGGAAAGUGAGCCUUUGACCCUGCAGCUGUUCAUUGGUACAGCGGACGACCGUCUCCUGCGGCCCCAUGCCUUCUAUCAAGUCCACCGCAUCACCGGCAAGACCGUCUCUACCCCCAGCCAUGAAGCGCUGCAAUUCAACACUAAGGUGCUGGAGAUUCCAUUGCUGCCUGAGAACAACAUGCGUGCCAUAAUUGACUGUGCUGGCAUCCUGAAACUUCGUAACUCAGACAUUGAGCUGAGAAAGGGUGAGACGGACAUCGGGCGUAAGAACACACGCGUUCGCAUGGUAUUCCGUGUUCACAUCAACCAGCCUACUGGACGGACAUUGUCCCUGCAGGUUGCAUCAAACCCCAUUGAAUGCUCCCAGAGAUCAGCCCAGGAGCUGCCCCUGGUGGAUAAGCAGACCCUGGAGACAUGCCCUGCUCCUGGGGGAGAGAGAAUGCUCCUCAGUGGACACAACUUCCAGCAUGACUCCAAGGUGGUGUUUAUGGAAAAGGCCCAAGAUGGCCAUCACCUAUGGGAGACAGAGGCCAAGAUUCACAAGGACUCCUCCAAGUCUACAUCUCUUCUCAUUGAAAUCCCUCCUUAUCGGAACCAGAGGAUAUCAAAUCCUGUUCAGGUGAACUUCUAUGUGUGCAAUGGCAAGAGGAAAAGAAGCCAAUACCAGCGCUUCACCUACAUGCCUGCCAAUGUUCCAAAGAUAAAAAUGGAGCCACAUGACGACUACGACCACCCUCAGGUGUGUACCCAGCGUGACCUUGGCCUGGCCCUGCAUCCCAAGCCCUACUACACACAGCAGGUCAUGAAUCCAGACCUUCGGCCAUGCGUAGGGGGCUCCUACUCGCCCUGUCCACAGAGACUUGGAGGAAAGCCUGCUUCACUGUCCAGUUCAUCUCCCAGUAACAGUCCCCCACUGCAUGACCUGUCUCCUACCACGCCCUUGUCCAAGUGUCUGUCAGCAGGCCCAUCCCAAUCUCCGAUACCACAUGUCUCCAUCAUCCAGGAGACUCCUGGACGCCACCAGAUGCCACCUGUCCUCUACCCUUGUAGUAGUGCUUCAUCCUCCCCAGGCUCUCAGCCCUCUGGCACCAGCUGCAGGGAGGCUCCAUUCUCAACAAUCCUCUGCCUGACACCACCCCAGUCCAUUAGUGGAAAUUCCAGCCCAGUGACCCAACAGUUCUCCAAAGUGCCAGAGCGAGGUGGUCGCUCAACGAGCCCUUCACUGCCCAUCAGCAUCAAACAGGAGCCGCAGGAACUAGACCAGAUGUACCUGGAUGAUGUUAAUGAGAUCAUCAGGAACGACCUAUCAAAUAUCUCUGUCCACACCAAUACGUAAGCACGACUUUCAUCAUGGACACAUGAGGGCUGAAGGUGAAAGGUUAAAUACAAUACCAAUAAUUUUCACUAUUUCUGCGUGUUUGGAUUACUGUGUGUAAGAAUCCCAAAAACUAACCAAGGGGAACAAACUGAGAUUCGGCAUCCUGAAGAUCACAAUCCAAUGUAUACCUUUUAGUUGAAGGUAUUUCAAAAGAUUUGCCAGUGUACAUAAAUUGAAUAUAAAAUGAAAUACCGGCAAAUUAUGGAGCACUGCCACUCUGCCUGUACUCCAGAAAGUACGCUUUUCAGUGGACCAAUGAGUGUUAGAAACUUUUGUCUUAUAUUGUAAAUUGUUGAGUGCCUAAGUGUUUGUUUUUGUGUGGAGUGUUUCAGUAUGCACAUCUUAUUUUACUGAAAGAAGUGCCUUUUACUGGAAAUCUAUAAGUGUACCAGGAAAGCUAACCAAAUUUGCAGUAAACAAAUUUGUCACGAAUAAUGACUAUCAAGAACUUCCUAGCCAGUGGUAGCUUUACCAGCAUGUCAAAUUUGACUUAGGAUCUGUUGUUUUGUAUGUUUUUUUUACUUGAGUCUUCUGUUCAAGUAAGGACAGAGAAAUGGCUUUGACAUUUCAGUAAAGUCAGUUAAAUAUACAUGCCUUGAGCGAUCAGAGAUCUCUCUCUGUUCAGUAUACUUAUGUUAAAGAAAAAAAUGAUGGGAGUACAUUGGCAGAUAGCCUUGUGGUUAGUUCUCCAGGCCAAUAACAGAAAGAUCCUAAUACCAAAGGUGAAAAUCCCUGGCGAAUGGCACGUUAUACUAACUGCUCAACUACCAGUGCCUUUGUCAUUUUGGGAAAAUGCAGUGUUGUCAGUUUUUGAGAGUAACACUAUUGCUUAUUGGCUAAUACUUAAUUUGCAUAUACAUCGUAUGGUUGCCACAUGCUUACAGAAAUGUAUGACAUUUGUCUAAAACAGUUGUUAUGUUGCUAUGUAGUUCUUGUAUUGAGGAUACUGAGGGAAAUAAUUAUGCUUGAAAUAUAUAUUAAUUAUAAAAAAUGCAUGUAAAGUUGCUUUUCUCCAGGCAUAUUAUGCUAUGACUAAGUUUUUUUUUUGCAUGUACAGUCAGUGGGAGAAGCUGGUAAUAUGUAAAUUCCCAAUAAUGCUUUCAUUGAUAUUAAAGGAAGUUAUUAUCUUACUUUGUUUAUAUGGUCAAUUGAAACGAUACCUAUGCAAUAUGCAGGUAUAGCAUUUGUUUUUUAAAGAAUGUAUGCAUUUAAGAUUGUAAUAGAAAAAGGCUUGUCUCUUCAGCACAACUGUCUCUAAUCCAAAGACUAGGUAACAAUGAUGAAAAGCAAUAUAUUAUCAAGUAUGUGAUUCAAAACCUCCAAUGUAUGUAUUUAGUCUUUUAACAUAUCCUCUAUUUACUUAGUAGUUCUUUUUAGCCCAAUAUAAUAUACACUACGUAUAUACACUACAAUACUUAUAUUCAGUUUGUAAAAUGCAGUAUAGCUAGACUGAAUACAUGAGAUAUCACCAAAUGUUUUACUUUAUUAUUUUUUGUUGGCCUUACCAGCAAUGAUUGUAUCUUUAGCUAGCACAAGUUUCCUUAUUAGAAUUGCAUAUAUUUACUGUAUUUGUAUUUAUGUAUAUUACAUUUAAAUUCAUUAAUUUUGAUUGGCCGAAUAUGAAAAAGCCAUAAAGCCAUGUUAACUGGAAAAGUGACUAUUAUUUUGUUCCAAUAUGCAGAUUAAUUGUUCAAAGCCUUUUUUUAGGUUCCAAGUUUUGCUUCAUGUACUGUACGUACUGUCAAUAAAUAUCUCUUUCUAAUUCUA